AUGAGUGGGGGAUUGGCACCAAGCAAAAGCACUGUGUAUGUGUCCAACUUGCCUUUCUCUCUCACCAACAGUGAUCUACAUAAGCUUUUCACCAAAUAUGGGAAAGUUGUGAAGGUGACAAUAGUUAAAGACAAAGACACACGCAGAAGUAAAGGGAUCGCAUUUGUCCUCUUCUUAGACAGAGAAUCUGCUCAUAACUGUGCACGAGCAAUCAACAAUAAACAGUUGUUUGGCAGGACAGUAAAAGCAAGUAUCGCUGUUGAUAAUGGACGAGCAACAGAGUUUAUAAGGAGAAGGAACUAUACAGACAAGUCCAAAUGUUAUGAAUGUGGGGACACAGGGCACCUCAGCUAUGCAUGCCCAAAAAACAUGCUUGGAGAAAGGGAGCCUCCAAAGAAAAAAGAAAAAAAGAAGAAGAAAAAUCAACCUCAAAACGAACAGCAGGAGGAGGAACCAGAAAGUGAAGAUGAGGGAGAAGAUCCAUCUCUCGACAGUUUGAGUCAAGCCAUUGCUUUUCAGCAAGCCCACUUAGAGGAAGAAGAGGUCAGGCAUAAAAGGCAAGCAGCUGCAUCUAAAGGAGAUGGUGGUCCGUCCACUUCCACGGACUCAAGAAAACCCAGAAUCAAAAAAAGUGCAUACUUCAGUGAUGAGGAGGAGCUCAGUGAUUAA